UAAAUUUAUACAAAAAUUUAUGAAGGUCUAAUGUGAGAGUACGAAUACCCAUCACUAGAAAAAUAUUGAAUUGAAAGGAGGAUAAUCACUAAUCACACAAUUCCCCGUUCCCAUUUCCAAGACGAUCAAGUCGAGCUAGAAUCCAUACGGCGUCGUAUCCGCAAGCCUUUAUAUCUUAUAUCAAUCCAAAAGGGGAAGGGAAGGAUUGGAAGAAGAAGAAGAAGAAGAUGAGACCGGUGUGUCCGUUCGUGAAAGCCGCUCGACCGGCGGAGCCAAUCAAGAAAGAGAAAGAGCCGUCGUCGGCGGCGGCGGCGACAGUCUCCCCAAAAUGCCCCUUGGGUUACGAUUCGCAGACCUUCAAGCUGGGCCCUCUGAGCUGCAUGAUAUGCCAAGCCCUUCUCUUCGACUCUGCCAAAUGCGUCCCUUGUUCUCAUUCCUUCUGCAAAGUCUGUGUGUCGAGAUUUAAGGACUGCCCGUUGUGUGGAGCUGACAUUGAGAAGACGGAACCCAAUUCGGAACUCCAGGGUUUGGUGGAUCGCUUCAUUGAGGGGCAUGCCAGAAUCAAGAGGUCUCAUAAUGCAGAGGAGGAGACUAAUACUAAUACUAAUAGUGAGAGCCAUAAUAAGAGAGUGAUUUAUGAAGACGUGUCUUUGGAGAGAGGUGCUUUCUUGGUGCAACAAGCUAUGAGGGCAUUCCGAGCCCAGAAUAUAGAAAGUGCCAAAUCAAGGCUCAGUCUCUGUGCCGAAGAUAUCAGGGGUCAGUUGGAAACCAUGGGCAACACUUCAGAGUUGUGUUCUCAGCUAGGAGCUGUUCUCGGAAUGCUUGGCGACUGCUGGAUGUGUACUAAUUCUUCUUUUGAGUUGGGAUUUUGGGUGAGAAGAAACUUUAGGGACGAGUUGAGGAACUUCUUUCAUUGUUCUCUCAGUUUGAUGGUGUUGUGAAAUGAGAGACCUUAUUAAGUAUUGCAGAAGAAAGGGCCUGCUGAUACAGCUGGGCGGGAAGAGCGAUACUAGUUAUCAGGUCAGAGAGACACCUGGCCUGUAAGAUGGCCCUCUAAAAAACCCAUUAUUUAGUGAGGAUCUGUUAUGCACAAUAGCACUAGUGGAUAAUACAAAAACGUUUUGCCUACUUCCUACAAUCUGGCCUGAACCUCAUAUAGACCAGAAAAGAGAAGGAGGUUGAUGGAGGCUUCAAGAUCAUCUGCUUGAAACUCCUAUUUUUGGCAGUUGACGGACAACCUGUCCUCAACAUACUGCCUUUAUUUUAUCAGUGGACUUGUCCACUGCUCUGUAUAGAUCCUCUCUGUAUUAAUUCACUUUCUUUACCUGUAAUGAAGUACUAGUGGCUUUAAUUUAGUACAGUUAUACCACGAGGAAAGGUCUUUGAGAUGCUUCUUGUGCAUAUGCUUUCUCUCUCUCUCUCUCUCUCUCACACACACACACACACACACACACGGCUAUGGUGGUCAUUUUCGGAUGGCUCUUACAAAGGGUGGAGCAGUUGGAUGCCUAAACUAUAAAUUGGCUCGCUCGUCAUCGUAGGUCGACUUUGGUAAUCUUUUAAGAGCCAGCCUGCGGGUUUAACUGUGUUAUGUGGUGAAAUCUGCCAUUGAUUCUUUGGCUGUCUGUAGCUAAUGCGUCAUGUUGGCUUCUCGUGCGUUGAAGAUCAUGCAGGAAAUGAGCCUACUUUUUUUCUGGUCGAGUAUUUGUAGAGCCCAUGAAGUUCAUUCGAUGUGGAUAUAUUUGCUCAUUGGGCUUCAUGUUCUUUGGUUGUGUGUAGAUCUCAUUCCUUUCGGUUAUUAUAGGGCUGCUUGCCUUGUGUUUUCUUUGUUUCAAUAGUUUUUUUUUUCCCCUUCUCUUUCUUUUCUUUGUGGUCUGAAGAAUUAUUUUGAGGAGGUUAUGACGCAGUGUUGUGUCUUCCAUGGGUUGCACAGAAGCUUGCAACUAGUUUUUUUUUUGUGGAGAAGUAAUGUUAUUUUUGUUGAGAAAAUAUCCACAUUUGACUGAGACGAUGGUCAACAUGCUCUCGAUCUCCGUCGGCGUGGCCAUUGCUGCUUAUGGUCAACAU